GUGUGUGUUCUGUUGUCAUCGAUCUCCUGCUUUCUUUGUACACAUCGGGACCAGUUUUCACACGGCUGGAGGCCGUUUUUUUGGUUGUUUAGCCGCGGUAUAAGUGAUUUCAGGGCAAAGCGCCUCGCAAAAUGGAAGAAAAUGAAGAAGUUUGUGGAAGAACGGUGGAAAAUAAGGAGCAGAAAGUUCGCAGGAUGUCAUCGAGGACCUCCACUGCUAGUAUCAUGAGCGCUGCAGAGCCCUCUCCACAAACACUCCGGAGAAACAACUCCAAAAAACCUCCACUUCAGAGAGGCAGCUCCUUCACCUUUCUUACACCAGGGACUCCGUGGGACUUCAGUCUAAAGAGGAAGCGCAAAGAGAAGGAGGAUGACGUGGUCAGUCUGUCGAGCUUCGACCUCAAGGAACCCAGUAACAAGCGAGUACGACCACUGGCCAAAGUCUCAUCCCUCGUCAACUUGAUAUCACCUUCAAAGAAUGGGGCAGUGCGGCGUUUUGGCCAGACCAUCCAGUCAAUGUCAUUACGUGGGGACACCAAGUCACCAGGGAUUUCCCGCAAAACCAGUAGCAAGGCAGCAGGUCCCACUCCCACUAAACGCAGAAACAGUACUCUGUGGUCGGAGACCUUGGACGUCCAUCAGAAGAGCACGUUCUCCGCCAAAGAGAUCAAGAGACAAGAGGCAAUCUAUGAGCUUUACAGGGGGGAGCAGGAUCUCAUCGAAGAUCUCCAACUUGCACGAAAGGCGUACCAUGAUCCGAUGCUGAAGCUCUCCAUCAUGACAGAGGGGGAGCUAGCUCACAUAUUUGGGGACCUGGAUGCAUACAUCCCCUUACAUGAAGACUUACUAAUGAAACUGACCGAGGGAACCGGCCCUGAUGGAACAGUGGCUCAGAUCGGACAGAUAGUCAUAGACUGGCUGCCUGGUUUGAAUGCUUACAAAAACUACUGCAGCAACCAGCUUGCAGCCAAAGCCCUGCUAGACCAGAAAAAGCAGGACAGGCGGGUCCAGGACUUCCUGCAGCGCUGUCUGGAGUCGCCCUUCAGCAGGAAGCUUGACCUCUGGAGCUUCUUAGACAUCCCACGUUCACGCCUGGUGAAAUACCCUCUGCUGCUGCGAGAGAUCCUCAGACACACUCCUCCUGAUCACCCAGAUGUGAUCAGUCUGGAAAGAGCUAUCACUAUAAUUCAGGAGAUUCUGUCCGAUAUCAACGUGAGGAAAGGGGAGUCUGAGUGCCAGUAUUAUAAAGACAAACUGGAGUACCUGGAUGAUAAGCAGCGGAAUCCUCUCAUAGACAACUGUAAGACCCUACUUUGUCAUGGUGAGCUGCGGAACAAGAGUGGCCUGAGGCUGCAUGUGUUCCUCUUCUCUGAGCUGCUGGUUUUGACCCGACAGGUGACACGUAACGACAGGAGCUGCUUCCAGGUGCACCGACAACCCAUCCCAGUUCGGGACUUGGCUCUAGAGGACCUGCAGGACGGGGAGAUCCGCAUGGGGGGAUCAUUCAGAGGGGCUUUCACCAGUGCAGAGAAAGUGAAAAACGUUUUCCGUGUGAGCUCUCUGGAUCCAUCCCAUGGCCAGUCCCAUACCCUACAUGUGAAUGAUGUCUACCACAAACAGCAAUGGCUCAACUGUCUGCGCACUGCGAUGGCCCAACAACAGGAGGCGCCACCUAGAGUUCAGCAAGGAGAAUCCAUCACAGCCAAACGUCGCUCUUCCUCUCGCUCAGCCACUAUCUGUGACAAAGAGAAAGACGAGAACUGUCCUCCUGUCUCUGGCCCUAAACUCAGGCCUCAGACGCUCUCCAAAACCAGACUGGAGCAGAAGUUACAAGGCUCGGUAAAGAGGAAGGAAACUGGUGUGUAGACAUUUAACCUGGCUUGAUGGGACACAGAUGGGUUCCUCUCAGACAGGCACAUGUACUCAGCAUGUGACCUGUUUGUCACAUGUCGGAAAGCUUCAUGCACUGUUUUUGUGCUUUUGCUUUAUCUCUGUAGCUGCACUGAAAAAGCCUUUCCAAUCAUUUCCGUCCAAAUCUAUCAAAUUUUAGUCUUUAAAACGUGUGAUUAGUUUACAUAAAAAAUGCGUGCCAUUGUGACUGAAAAGUAUGUUUACGUCAGUUAAAUGUGUGUGGAAUUAGGGUUUUCUGUGUCUGCCUAAGUCAAAACUUCAUACCACUUGUAGCUCUUUUGUUUCAUUGUUCAUUCCAGUAUCAACACAUUUAAACUUUCUCAAUUUUUUCCUGUAAUCAAUUAGUCAGAGCAUGUAUAGUGUAAGCAGCAUGUGUGCAGCUGUGAGUAUGAGGACAGAGAAGCAGAAAAAUUGUGAUGGCCUUGGCCUUCUGCACACGAAAGCAGUUGAGUGAGACAAGGUUAAAAAUGUCUGAGAUAAGAGAAAAGAUAAUGAGCAGAACACUGACCAUGGAUACGAUAAGAUAAAAACAUUUCUUGGAAAAAAAAAUCAAAGAAUCUAGAUGUAAUCAGUGGAAAACUGUCAAUCAGGAAAAAAAUAAAACAUUUAUUUGUACUUUAAGAGUCCUGAAUAUGACUGACUGCGAGAUUGUUUUGUUACACAUCCUCUGUUUUGUACUUUGACCCGUUAGUCACUUCCUUUCACUGUUGACAGAGCUGUUAGUGUGUUGCAACAUUUGUAAAGCAAAUAGAAGCUAAGGCAAACAGUACAGUUGACUCCUUUCUUCUCAGUGUGUUG